AUGCCUGACCACUUCCCCAUGGAGGAAAACCUGCAAAAGGUCAUGUCAGCCACAGUAACCCCUCAUGAGUCACGACGAGAUUCACUACCUGAUUCACUCUCCGACUCACACUCGGAUUCAUCAGAUCAAGACUCGGAGGGGGCACACGAACCAAUCCAGGAGCGAUAUGAAAAUCCAUCAUAUUCUCGUUUUCGAAAGGUAGCUUCAAAAACGGUCGUUUCCUUCGGGCCCAAUGACCCCGAGAACCCAGUCAACUGGAAGAAAGCAAGAAAGUUCCUAGUCCUUCUCGCCGGUGUCAUGCAGGUCAUGAACAGUACCAUCGGCUCGUCCAUCUGCAGUAAUGCGAUCCCACAAAUCGCAGAGGAGUUCAACAUUACCAACCAACAGAUGCUUGUUCUACCUAUCUCUAUAUUCCUGAUCGGCUACAUCUUGGGCCCUUUGUUGUGGGGCCCAAGCUCCGAAUAUUUCGGACGUCGACGACCCUUACUUAUUGCCUUUAUCGGGUUCAUGAUCUUUACUCUGGCCUGCGCGGUGGCUAAUUCGUAUGCCUCACUGUUGAUCUUUCGACUUUUAAACGGCAUGAUGGCAUCCUCUCCUAUCGCUACCACCGGCGGUCUCUUUGCUGACGUCCACGAUGACCCAACCUUGCGAGGUCGCCUCAUGGCGUACUUUAUGGCUUGCACUACAUUCGGGCCCAUCAUGGGUCCCUGGAUCUCCGGAUUUGUUGCAGUUGUUAGUUGGCGGUGGUGCUUCUGGAUCGGGCUCAUUUGUUCUGGUGCAACUUUGCCCCUGGUAAUCUUCAUGCCCGAAACAUAUGCUCCUGUCAUUUUGACACGCCGCGCCAAGAAGCUGCGAAAGGAAACUGGAAAUUCAAGCAUCGUCUCACCCCUAGAGCUUGAGAGCCGCGAUCUUCGCAGAAUGUUCCUCAUCACAAUCUCUCGGCCCUUCCGGAUGAUCUUCCACGAGCCAAUUGUCUCCUUGACGUCUUUGUACCUGGCACUGGCAUAUGCAAUCUUUUACCUAUACUUUGAGGCAUAUCCCAUCAUUUUUCAAGGCAUGUUAAUCUCACCUGUCGUCAGUUAUAUCUAUGGUAUGAGUGCUGGUGUUUCAGGUCUGAUGUUCUUGCCCAUCGGCGUGGGUGCGCUUCUUGCCUGUGUGGUCUUCAUCUGGUAUGACAACUUUCUCGCUCGUGCUAAAGCUCGCGAAGCAAGCUGGGCCAAUAUUGAAGAAUAUCGACGACUCCCGCUUGCCUGCAUUGGAGGCCCAUUGUACGUCAUCUCACUCUUCUGGGUGGGCUGGACGGCCUCUCCUAGUAUUCAUUGGGUCGUGCCUUUCCUCUCGGGUAUUCCAUUCGGAAUGGGGUAUUUGCUGAUCUUCAUGGCAAUGCUUAAUUACCUAACCGACGCUUAUGAGACUCUAUCUGCAAGCGCUCAGUCGGCAGCUAGCUGCACACGAAGCAUCGUGGGUGCAGUCCUUCCUCUUGCCACUAGACCCAUGUUCGACAACUUGGGUGUCCACUGGGCGUGCAGCCUGAUCGCAUUCAUCAGUCUGGGAGUUUCAAUUAUCCCCUUCGCUUUCAUUCGCUACGGUGAUCGCAUCAGAAGCAACAGCAAAUUCUGCCAAGAGUUGAAGAGAAUUAAGGAGGCAGAGCGCCUCGAAAUUGAGAGAGAGGAGCGGUUGCAAAAUGGCUCCAACACUUUGGAAAUCGUUCCCUCAGCCAACACUGCUCAGAUCUCUAGAAUCGAAACAGCGCGCAGUCAUGCGGACAAGGCAUCUAUUAUUUGCUAG